AGCGGUAAACCACACUGAGAGAACCGUUGAAUCACAGCGUACUGUAAAAGUUAGCGACAGUGUUGAAGUCUGUAGCUUUUAGACUUUUUAACAGAUUUAUGACAGCGAGCUGGAGUUAACGUUAUCUUUAAUUGUCGCCAGUGUCAGCGUCUGCCAGUGGAAAUGAUCGAGUAAGAACAUUGGCAGAACCGUCCUGGGGCACCGGAGUCAAAAAAGCAUUUGAUUACUUGUGUGUGAUGGCAGAGCUCCCGUCUGGACUGCUGGAGGCAUGUGUCGUGAUUGGAGCCUCCAGUGAUAAGCUUCGAGACGUAUACCAGCUUCAUCUGCAGAGUAAGUUAAACGACCCACCCCUGUUGGAAGCUGAGGUACUGCAGGUCCAUGCCCCGCCAUUUGUUUCCAAGGAGAGUAAUUCCAGCCAGUCGAUUGGACCAGCUUUCAGUCGUGUCCAGAGGAGGAAGAGCUUCAUUAAAAAGAAGAGGCGAGAUCGUGGUGCAGAGGUGCCUAAUGGAGAAACAACCAAUCGAAGUGAGACGUCCUCAGCAACAGAGGACAUCAGUGUUCCAAAGGAUCUGGACCUCAUCGCCUUGCCGCAGCUCUGUUUCCCUGGUGGUCUUCAGUUAGCCAAUGAGCAGAAAGAAGAUAGUUAUCACUUCCUGGUUUUCACUGACCUGUUUGGGAACCGAACUCAUGGAGUUGUGGUGCAGUACUACAGAGCUGUGCAGUCCUGUCAGGAAGGUUCUAUCCAGAAUGGCCACAGGUGGAAUUCAUCAAAGUCCCGCCUCUAUGUCCCCUUCGUUGUGUGUGUCAUCUCAAAGUUUCCCUACUACAACGCUCUCAAGGACUGCUUGUCAUGUCUCCUGGUCCAGUUGCGACCUGCAAGACAAGCUGACGUUGAGGAGACGAUAAAGGAAUUUUCAGCCAGGCUGUCCCUGGUGCCUUUACCCCCUCCCGGACAGCUACAUGUGUCCUUCAACCUCCGUCCCCUCCACGUGGUUCUUCCAUCAAGGGAGGAUCAGGACAGCCCUGUUAUCGACAUCGACCUGCAUCUUCCUUUCCUCUGUUUCUCGCACACAACACUGCUCCAGGUGCUGUCCUGUCUCCUCCAAGAGCAGAGGAUGGUGUUUUUCUCUUCAGACUGGGCCAGACUCACUCUGGUUGCAGAGAGUUUGCUUCUAUACUUGCAGCCUCUGUCCUGGCAGCAACCUUAUGUUCCUGUCUUGGCUCAAGGAAUGCUGGACUUCCUCAUGGCUCCGACAGCCUUCAUGAUGGGCUGCCACAUCAGUCAUUUCGAAGAGGUCGCUGCAGAGACAGAAGAACUAAUUCUGGUCAAUAUUGAUGAUGGCAUCAUUCAGUCGUCAUGGUCUGAAACAAUUGACUUACCAGCUAUCCCUCUGGCUGCAGCUGAGAGCUUUACGUCAAGGGCAGAAUGUCUCCAGCUUCACUAUGACUUGGAGCUGUGUCAUCUUGGAGCGGGCACCGAUGCUAACACCCUGCGCUGCCAACGCAGAGAAUGGCAGACACGGCUCAACACACAGAUACAAAACAUUGCUCUGGAACUAGUGGUCAACAUCUUCAGAGGCGUCCAGGACUUUCUAAACCAUGAACACAGAGUUUUUAACAGUGAGGAGUUUCUGAGGACCAGGGAGCCAGCAGACCAGGCCUUUUACAAGAAGGUAUUAGAAACUCAUAUCUUCCACUCGUUCCUGCGAGACAGGCUCAACAGGAAACGGGACACCUUCAGCCGCAUGGAGCAGAACACACGUAGCCAUGCACACAGGAAUCGUGCAAUGACGGAGUCUCCUCGGCGUCCUCUCAUGUCUGAUCUGUCCCGGAGCGGCUACAACAGCUACACCAGCCCCAACGACAGACUGAGCAAGCGGCUGGGAGCCAGCCUGCCGAACCUGGAGCAACCUGCCAACGACACUGUGACUGCCCUCAGCCCCCACAGACCAGCCUCCCUCAGGAAGAUGAGUCCUGAUGUUGGGUUGAAGUUUGCUCAGAAAGCGGUGAAGGUUUUCCGCCUCCCAGACUUCCCCCCUCCGCUGGCCUAUCAUUAUGUCCAGAACUAUUAUUCUGACAUGGUUUCUUCCCUGGGGAAGGCUAUUAACGCGACACCACCUGAACAGUCUUCUCUGCUGGCCAGGUACCACUACCUGCGAGGUUUGGUAAACACAGUGUCCAACAAGCGUCUGGAUGCACUGGAGGAUUUCCAGAGUCUUUAUAAGACCGACUCAGAUAUCUUCCCUUCUCAGAUGGUGAAGUCACUGGUCGACUCUCUGCUAGAAGUUGAACGGUUACAGGUGGAGAAACGUCCAGAACUGAAACGGCUCAUCACUCGGGUCAAGAGGGAUCAGGAGCGGGAACGUGCACGCAACGGCAACGGGCACGAGGAAGGUGCUGUCAAGCGUUUCCAGCUGCCGAAAAAAUACAUGCAGCUGGAGGAGUUUGUGAAAUGUAUCCAGGAGUCCGGCAUUGUAAAAGACCAAGGAACCAUACACAGACUCUUUGACGCUCUAACUGUGGGUCAUCAGAAGCAGGUCGGUCCAGAGCUGUUCAGAGUCUUCUACACCAUCUGGAAGGAGACUGAGGCCGAGGCACAGGAGGUGUGCCUGCCAGCAUCUGUCUCGGAGCACAUUGAGCCCAGCGAGUGUGUCUUCAAGCUAUCCUCAUCUGUCAAGACGAGCCGCGGCGUGGGGAAGAUCGCCAUGACUCAGCGACGGCUCUUCCUGCUCACAGAUGGACGACCGGGAUACGUAGAGGUGGCACAGUACAGAGAAUUAGAGGAGGUGAAAGUGUCCUCGGCUCCAUUCCUGCUGCUGCGAAUCCCCAGUCUGAAGUUGCGCGUUCGGGGCAGAAAGGAAGCGUUUGAGGCCAAUUUGAAAACAGAGACUGAGCUAUGGAAUCUGAUGGUCAAAGAGAUGUGGGCUGGGCGCAACAUGGCUGACCAACACAAGGACCCUCAGUACAUGCAGCAGGCUCUGACCAACGCCUUGCUGAUGGACGCAGUAGUGGGCAGCCUCCAGAGCAGUAAGGCCAUCUACGCUGCGUCCAAGCUGGCUCACUUUGACCGCAUCAAGAUGGAAGUGCCGAUGAUGGUUCCCAAAACAACUGCAGAGACGCUGAAGCACAAAAUCAACCCCUCGCUGGAGCUUGCUGCACCUCAGGCUGUAGAUGUUCUUCUAUACACACCAGGUCAGCUAUGGGUGUCUGUGAGCGGGGGGAAGGUGAUGGUGUUUGAUGCUUCCAGCUGGUCCCUCACACACACGUGCCAUGUUGGGAAUGCAAAACUGAACUGCAUGCUGGGAGUUGAUAAGGACCAGGUCUGGAUGGGCUCCGAGGACUCCGUUAUCUACAUCAUCAGCAUGGUGGCCAUGGUCUGUAACAGACAGCUGACUGAACACAGGGCAGAGGUCACCGGACUGGCACUUGACACGGACAAAUACGGCCAGAAGGUGGCGUACUCCUGCAGCGCAGAGGGGAGCAUCAUGGUGUGGGACGUCUCCACACUGCAGGCGAAGAGACACUUUCGCCUCUCGUGUGACCUUCUGCAGUCCGUCUUCAGCUGUAACGGGACGCUGUGGUGCUGCUCCAGGGACAAUAUAAUGGAGGUGUGGAGGACCGGUUCAUUGAAACAUCGUCUGAGUCUACCAGAGCAGCAAAAAGGAUCCACAGCCACAUUCAGCUCUAUACUGCUGCUACCAGAGGCGGAGGAGCUGUGGAGUGUUUGUGCAGACUCAGCAGAAGUGUGUAUUUGGCACAUUAAGGACACCACCAAACCGUAUCACCGCGUGGCUCUGCAGGACUGCAGCGGAUGUUACUGCAUGAUUAAAGUUAAAAACCAGGUGUGGGUUGGCGGUGUGGGCCGCAGCUCUACCAAAGGGAAGAUUUACAUCCUGGAAACAGAACGCCACCAGGUCCUGAAGGAGCUUCACGGCCACAGCGACAAGGUGACGGCGCUCUGCUCUGCGGAGGAUCGGUAUGUCCUCAGCGGAGCUGGCAAACUCGAUGGAAAGAUCGCCAUCUGGAAGGUGGAGUAGAGCUACGGACAGUCUGGAGGAGGACUCAGUUUGAAGUUGGAGCCCUGAGUUGAAUAUGCAAUUCUAAUCCAACACACUUCUUCUCAAACUUAGUGAAUAACACCUCACAGUCCACAACUACACAACACUAUAAGGAUCAUACACAUGCAGAUGGGGUGUAUUUCCUUCGUCAGAAUCACAAACUCCACUUUUAACGCCAUCACUCUGUUUAAACUACUCUGGACUUCCUGUGAACUACGCUGGAAAAUCAGCAAGGAAAAGAGUAAAUCACAGCCUCGACUUGCAUCUCAGACAUGUGAAGGAAUCACGUGGCGGUCGUGUGAAACAACAGGUUUACAUAAAGUGUCACCAGCUGAGCAGCUUCUCCCACCUGCCAUGAAGCGGGGACCUGCAGUUAGAAAUUCUAAAAGUACUAACACGUUAUUUUUUAGGAACAUGAAGGACGAAUUAAGACUGAAAAAAAACAAAAAAAAUGGGCACAAGUGCUGGAUAUUUUUUUAUCCAAAGUGCUUCACUUUAAUGAAGGUUUAUACAUAUUUUUUUUGUAUUGUCAUAGCAUACUUUAUUUAAUGCCGCACCCUUUUUUAUAUAAAGUGUGAUCACACUAGUAUUAUGUGAGAACAUUGUGUGACUGAGCCUCGUCUCCAGCUGCGCUUGUGCAGCUCAGAGGAGUCAAACUACCCUGAAAACAAAAUGUGUGAUUGGAAAUUUCACCAUCACACGGGAAAGAACAUGUUUGUUUUUAUUAAAGUUCUGCUUAAAUGGGCGGUGGAGAGUGAUCCCUGACAUGCAAUACAGCAACAUGUGCUGUAUGUUUCAGAGCAGAUCAAGGGAAACAAGUUUGCAAUAACUGGAACCUGAUAAAAACACAUAUUAUGGAGCAACCUCAAAUUGUUUCCCUCUGGUUAUAUUUCUUUUUUAAAUACUUACCUCAUUGUUAAACCUGUUUUCUACAUUCUUCUCUAUUUAUUUCCCUGCAGGAGUAGUUUUACCUGUAUAACCAGGUGGUUGGUUUUAACAGGUAAAGCUGCUUUUAGUUAUAGAUUGACAGAAGAGUUAAAGGUCAAAUCUAAGUUCCUGGCUAUAAAAUGCACGUUAAAUUUGCAUUAUAGUUAUUUAUCAUUUUCAUUGAAAAGGCCGAAUCUCAAUUUGAAUCUCAAAUGUUAAUAUGUGUUUAUAAUCUGUAGACAUUUGCGUUCUGUGCCUUUUUAUUUGGAGUGAAACAGAACAGACUGAAGUUUUCUCAUUUCCCUUUUUUUCCUUUAAAAUAUCUGGGACUUCUGAACAAUCAAUAAGUUUAAGAGUAAAGACACAUAUGUUUGUCUCCUGUUUAACAAAUGUUUUUGUUUUAACAUUCCUGAGGUUCAUUCAAAGGUUCAACUUAUCUUUUACAUGUAUUUAUACACUGUAUAUAACUGGUGAAUGUGAGCAUAAAGUACAUAACUUAUGUAAACUAAACUGGUGAUGAUGCAGACAAGACUUCAUAUGAAACUGUGUAAUAUCUCCAAGAUUUUAUAAUAUUUAACCAACAGUGAACAAAGUAAAUUUA